AAAAAAAAACCUUCGCCUGCCAAUGCUUUCCGCGGGGCGGGGACAAAGAAGCUGGGGGCGGGCUUAGGAACGGUACAGCUCUCCGAGACCCUACAUCCGUAGGGAGAAACAUGGCGACAGGCACGGAUUUUGGACUGAAGAGCACAGUGUGGCAGAAAAUAAAAACUGAAGUCUUGGAUGACUGUAGGAAAGGGGACGAAUGGAAGAUACUUCUAUUAGAUCAUUUCACAACCAAAUUGCUGACAUCAUGUUGCAAGAUGACAGACUUGUUGCAAGAGGGUAUAACAGUGGUAGAGGACCUUUUUAAAAAACGACAACCGGUUGAACACAUGAAAGCCAUUUACUUUAUAUCUCCCAAUGAAAAGUCUGUAGAUUGUUUGGUGAAUGACUUCAACAGUAAAUCUGCCAGCAAAUACAAAGCUGCUUAUGUCUAUUUCAGUGAUGUUUGUCCUGACAGCCUCUUCAACAAGCUGAAGUCCUGUCAUCCCAAGACAAUAAAAAGGUGUAAGGAGAUCAGUAUUUCGUUUUUCCCUAAGGAGUCACAGGUUUUCUUGCUCAAUGUCCCUAAAGCUUUUCACUUGCUGUACAGUCCGGAUAAAGCAGUGGAUAAGGAAACAGCCAUUCAAACCAUUGCCCAACAGAUAGUUACAUUGUGUGCGACUCUGGAGGAAAACCCUGGAGUGAGAUAUAAGAAGGAGCCACUGGAUAAUGCAGAAGAACUGGCCAAUCUGGUGGAGGAACAACUUGUUCAGUAUUACAAAAUGGAUGAAAAAGACCAAUUUAAGGCUAAAACACAGUCACAGCUGCUUAUAGUGGACAGAGGAUUUGAUCCAUUUUCUACUAUACUGCAUGAACUUACAUUUCAAGCUAUGGUCUAUGAUCUCCUGCCAAUCGAGAACGACAUCUACAAGUAUCGGACAGAGAGCGCUUUAGCAAAGGACAAAGAAGCACGAUUGGACGAAUCCGAUGAACUCUGGGUUAAAAUUCGUCACAAACACAUUGCUAAUGUACUGGAGGAAAUUCCCAAACUUGUCAAAGAAAUUUCAUCAAGCAAAAAAGAAACCGAAGGAAAUAUCUCCAUAAGUAAGUUGGCUGAUAUCAUGAAAAAGAUGCCCCAUAUCCGUAAGCAGAUAGGCAAGCAAACCCUACACCUCAGUUUAGCCGAGGAUUGCAUGCAGAAGUUCCGAGGAAGGCUGGAGAAGUUAUGCAAAGCUGAACAGGAUUUGGCACUGGGGAGUGAUGCAGAGGGGCAGAAAGUCAAAGACCACAUGCGUGUUCUUCUUCCAAUUUUGAUAAGCAAUGACUUGGAUAAUUAUGACAAAAUAAGAGCUAUCCUUUUGUACAUCUUCGUAGAGAAUGGAACCUCCCAGGAAAACCUAGACAGGCUGAUCACACAUGCUAAAAUUGAGGGUGGGGGAGAUGUUUUGAAGAACUGGAAGUACCUUGGAGUUCCAAUUGUACCCAAGUCAACACAGCGUAGGCCAGCAAGGAGAGACCGAUCAAAGGAGGAGACAUUUCAGUUGUCACGUUGGACUCCCAUAAUAAAGGAUGUUAUUGAGGACACCAUGGAGAAUAAGUUAGACUCCAAAGAGUGGCCUUAUUGUUCCGAGUGUCCAGCAGCAUGGAAUGGAUCUGGAGCAGUGAGUGCCAGGCAAAAACAUAACACAAUAUCCCGGGACGAAAGGAAGAACGUGUCAAGGCUUAUUAUUUUUGUAAUCGGAGGCAUAACCUACUCUGAAAUACGUUGUGCUUAUGAAGUGUCACAGGCCAAUAAGUUUGUCCAAGUAAUAAUAGGUUCUACUCAUAUUAUUACCCCUAAAACAAUGCUGGAUGAUGUAAAGAAUCUCACUAAAGAAGCCGUGAUCCCAACAAACGACUAGCAAACAUCUCACAUGUAUCCUAUAAUUAAACCCUCCGUGCACCUUAGAAUUGCUUUUUUGUCUUUGCGAGAUCACAGCCACCCUCCUUAUAAACUACAGGCUCUCCUUCUCCAACCACUGGAAUGUUUAUUCUCUACACAUAGGAAGCAAAGGGUUUCUUUCAAAUGUAAUUGUGCUUUAAUAUAUUAAUAAUCCUUUAACCAAUGAAUUUCUCUGCAAAGCACUGAAAAUAGAACUUGUACAGAGAAUGUUGGCAUUUGCUUCACUGAGAUUAAUGCAGUUUUACGGCUGACUUUAUAAUGGUAACAUAUGCACUGUCUCAGUUCGUUUUUUAUUUUUAAUAUAUAAAAUGUCUUUCCUUUACCCGAUGGGGAGAGAGAGAAAUCUCAACUGAACAGCAUUAUUUUAGAAAUUGUAUUCUAGCAAACUAACAAGAGGCUGAAUACUGACUCCGUUUAAAGUGGUGGUUCACCUUAAAGUUGGCUCUUAGUAGGUUAUAGAAUGGCUGAUUCUUGGCAAAUUCAGAUGGUCUUAAUUUUAUAUUACUUAUAGUGUUAGAAAUAUUUGCCUUUUUCUUCCGACUAGAUCUCAAAAGGAGACCCUCUCCUAUUCAUAUUCCAGUUUCUCAUUUAAACCACUGCCUGGUUGCUUGGAUAAUUUUAACCCUAGCAACCAAAUACCUGCUGAAAUUCCAAACUGGAGAGCUGCUGAAUGAAAAGCUAAAUAAUUAGUCAAGAACCACAGAAAAUAAAAGGUAAAGACCAAUUGCAAAUUGUCUCAGAAUAUCAAGCUUUACAUAAUACUAAAAGUUAAUUUUAAGGUAAUCAACCUCCUUUAAUUCUGGACCACGUAUCACUAGCCACGUAUCUUACAGUAGGCUUGUAUUAGAGAGGAUUAGAAGGGAUCCACCAAUAGCCAUUUUGGCAUUUCUAAUACCAUAGGUCACAAAAGACUUGUAUGUUGGAAAAUAAGAUUUAAAGAAUAAAUGUAGGUUUUAUUUAUUUUUUUUCCCAUUUCAUUUAUACUUUUUUAUGCAGCCAGUAUAAUAUAAAGAACUGUAAGCAAAGCAAUGGUAACACAAAUAUAUUCAACAGCUGGAAAUAAAGAUAUAUUUUUAA